AUGGGGUUUCAAGAAAUCAUCGGCAAACUCUCUAGCGCGUCAUGGACAAGCACGUUUUUGCUCUUGGCUACUGCUUGCCUCCUAUGCGUCGCCAUCUAUCGCUUGUUUCUGAGUCCAGUUGCUCGGUUUCCAGGUCCGAUUCUCGCUGCUCUCACUUUUGCCUAUGAGGGUUAUUUCGACAUCUUCAAAGAGGGCGGUGGACGGUACUGGGUCGAGAUAAACCGCAUGCAUGACACUCUUGGACCUAUCGUGCGAAUUAAUCCUUGGGAGGUGCACAUUCGCGACCCAGAAUGGAAUGAGGCCUACAAAAUGAAGUGCAAGGCCUCCAAGCCCGCGUGGUUCUACCGGUCGCAAGGCCCGCCAAAUACUGUCUUGCAAUCUGGUCUCGGCCGAGACUUUGGUUUUGUCGAGGUCGAGGAUUUUGAGGAGGCAAUGUUUCUGGUCGGCAGAACCUUUGGGCGUAUGAACAUGGUCACCCGUCAGGUCGGCCACUGGCUAUUCGAGGUGCUAAGAGCACGGCCACGGUUUGGCAAAAGCGCACAACUACCUCCUGGCGUCAUCCGCGUUCUGCGAUUUAGAAACAUGGUUAUGGAGGCAAUUCAAGAAGAUUACCGUGCCGCACUCGCAGACGAGAGCGACAGCAAUGCUGGUAAGGAGGUUGUUAAGCGUUCAACUGGAGAACCACCAGCCGGAUUCACCACCGCUGCGGCACACAUUCUGAAAUCGAAGUUGCCACCCAAGGAGAAAGAGAUGACACGUGUAGUAGACGAAGUCUGGCUGAACAUCAACGCGGGCAUCGAGACUGAAGGCGUCAUGAUGACCUUCGCAGUAUUCAUGCUCCUUAGUCACCCGGACAAGCUGUCUCGACUGAGAGAAGAAAUUGGCAAUCUGGAGAAAAGCAUAGGAAGACAACCCAGCUUCCAGCAACUCCGAGAGCUUCCCUACCUAACGGCCGUCAUACAAGAGGCCUUCCGCCUCAACCACCCCGUAUCAAGCCGCCUGCCCAGAUACGACCCUAAGAACGACAUGAUGUACCGUGACACCGUCAUCCCCAAGGGCGUACACGUGUCCAUCUCACUAUACGACAACUACCUGAAUCCCGACAUCUUCAAGGACCCACACACGUUCGAGCCGGAACGCUGGCUUGACGAGCAAGAGCGCAAGCGGCUGCGCAAGUACGUCAACAAUUUUGGUUGUGGUCCGCGUGCAUGCAUCGGCCAGGAAGUCGCCAACAUGGAAGUCUACCUUACUCUGGGGCGCCUGUUUGCCCCGUCGGCUGGCUUCGACAUGGAGCUACACGACACGUUGUAUGAGCGAGACGUCGCUUUCUACUAUGACCUCUUCGGCGCGUUUCCCAAGAGCAGCAACAACGUCCGAGUGAAGGUGGUGUAG